UCCAAGAAGCAGCGGAGGAAGCAACCAAGAAAGUGCAUGCUCUGUUAAUCCUACUGUAGUUUUCCUUUCUGUAAUUAGUUCUCUGCAUCAACGCAAAAACCGUCUACCAGCCAUGGAGGACAGUCCAAGCAAGAGGAAGCUCUGCCUUAAUGAUGAUCAAGACGAAGAAAAUGAAGAAGUAAAGAUAGAGAAGUUCUUUGCUCUUAUCAGAAGCAUUCGCGAGGCUCGCGAAAGCUUGAUGAAUGCAGAUAAUAAUAAGAAAAAGAAGAGAAAAGUUGAGGAAGAGAAGCUGCAGGCUUCUGCUUGCGAACUUUCUUUUCAACCUGAAGAUUUCUUGGAGGAAUCUCAUAAGGCAAAAAACCCUAUAGUGGUGAGCGUUGGAGAAACUUCUCAAAGAACAGAAGCUCCAGUGAAAGAAGCUACUAAAGAAGAUUUAGACUUAAGGCUUUCCCUCUAAUGUUAUAAUUAUCUAAGCUAUAACAGUCGAUAAAUUCAUCCAACAAUGCUUAUUACAUGCAUCAUUAAGAGAAGGUAAGAUGCCUCGAUCAACUGUGCAACUGGCAGCUUCACGUUGUAGUUGAAUUUAUAGUGUGUGUAUAUUAUAGAUGGUGUUAUAUAUAUAUAUAUAUAUAUAUAUAUAUUAUAUAUAUAUAUAUAUAUAUAUAUUUCAGAAGAAAGUAGAUAUAGCUGAAGAAGUCUUUGAACUGGGCAAUUUUUUUAUUUAUAAGAUUUAUGGGUCAUAUUGUGUGAGAAAAUAAAGCCAUAAAUCUUUAACACUAA